UUGAUCUGCGAUGCCGGUUUCAUCUGCAGUGUUCUCCACAGGUGUUCAAAGAAAUGUUUGUGCCUAUGUUUAAUUUGAAUAAUCGGUUUGCGACAUGAUCGCCAACCGUCAAGUACCUGCAUCUGCUCAUUGCGUAGCAAAAAAAAAGAAUGAUUCAAUAUUUGUUCAUAUGUUGCUGUUUGGUGCAAAGAAUUGUUGAUGUGAAUUACCCGCAAGGAAGUUAAUGGUUCGACAUCGGUUUGUUGGUGUCUGUGAUCCAAACUGAGCUUAGCACGUUUCAUCAAUGGCGUGACGUGAUCUGGAUGCUUUUUCAUGUGUAUAGUAAUAAAUUGUGUGAAACAUGCCCUGAUGAGUUGAGCCGCAUAAAUAGCAACAAAAUAAGCGAAUGUAAAAAUACAACCACGAGAGCGUGAGUCUCUAUGUGGAACAUCUUGUAAUAGUGAAAACGCAGCACAAGUGGGCAGAACAGCAACGGCGGCAGCGGUUUCGGUCAUUAUCUUUCAUAGUAUGAUGCAAAAAUGCCUUUCGUGCAACGUGUAGUGACCCCAAAAUAUGUGGCACGGUCGAACAAACCGUCAUAUUCACGUGGCGCCACUGCACUUCCAGUUCAAGAUUAUGAAUUGGAAGCAAUCACCAACCUAACCCUGAGCAAUGCUCUACGCCAGCUGGCCUCACUGGUGCUCAUUUCGAACCAGAUCUUCACCGAACUCAACAAGGAACUGGCUAGUGUUAGUGAGCGAUCGCUCGGGAUAAAACAGCGGAUCGACAAUCUUUCGAAACGAGUGGAGGAAUUCGAUCCGAAGCAAGUUACAGUCCCUGAAAGUGAUCUGGUUUCGUUCGCUCAGAUCAAAACCCACUACAGUACAAAGUACCGAGUUGAUACCUGCCUAUUCACUGCUGAAACACGUUCGGAAACUCUUCAGGAACUCUACGAUGCGGCUGCCAAAACGCCGGUGCCGGCCAUCGCCGAGAUGGAACGCAUCGCAUGUAACGGAUCAGGAGGAAGGGGCUCGGACGCCUUCCUAUGUACGCCAGUGUUGGGACAAAUGCGAAGAAAGCUCAAGUCUAAGGUUGACAUGGAAAUAGAAACGAGACUGCCGUCGGCGGUGGAAGAUCUACGAAAAUGGACGUCUAUAGAAGCUAUCGGGGACAUCACCGUCCCUCCAGAUUGCACAGUGCGUGUUCCGGGCAAUAAUUCGGUAAUUUCCAACAACACUUCGCAGAAUGCCUCACCCUCAUAUCAGGCUGCAACGAGCAGUUCGUUCGAUGAAACCGAUGACAUAAUCGUGGUAGAAAGCAGCUCAGCCGCGACUGUUGGUGGACAGGACACACCGCUCGAUCAUAGAUUACCUUCCCCAGAGGAGCAGUGUCAGAUGAUAGCGCUCAAAUUUCCUGCGGAAACAGUCAAAGUGGACAUCUCUGGACGAAGGUUUGAUCGGAUGUGUACUACCAGAAAGUCACUGCUGCAUUUUGUGUCCGCAGCUGAGAAUGCCGAGUCUAACUCACCCCAACCAGAGGGUAUUGAGGGCGAAACCAUUAGACGGCGAUCAAGACCGCGACGAUCGAGAGGGAAACGACGAAACACGAUCGCCGGGACGGACGAAAAGGCAAUCGCGGAGGUGGUUAACAAUGGGGACGAAGCUACUACUUCUACUACCUUACCUACUAACUUGGUGCCUCGUAGUAAAUCAAGCGACAUACUCAGGAAAGAAUCCACAUCAUCACCAGCAGACAACACCUACAAACACACCACUAAAACGUCACACUUUAACUCCCUGAAACAGUGGGGCCGCAAUCGACUGAGAAUGAUCAAUCGCGAAUCGAAAGACAAGGUACAAGAUAUUGAUGACUUCAAUAUCUCUGAUACGACUAGAAACAGUAAACGCAAAAACUCUGACAAAGAUACAAAACUUUCGCACGAACGAAAGCCUUCCUAUUCGUCGUCAGAUAGGAGCAUUAAUGUCGCUACUGCCACCAGCGUUGCCACCAGCAUGCCGGCUUCCAUAAAUCCAGUGAAACUGCGAGAGUCCUCUUCUAUUCGCCGACAACGUCGUACUGCACUCGGUAACAAGGAUGAACCCCACUCAUCUAGUGGUAAUUGGAGCGCCAGCUCGGAAUCCGGGAGAACAUCUAUUGGGAGCGAAAUUACUACCACAACUCAGCCUAAAUCUAGUGCUUCCAGCACUUCCUUGAACCACAAUCAUCACACUAUCUCCAGUGGACCACCCAGCUCAAUCAUUAGUCGUCGUAGGUUUCUCAAUACUUCGGCCUCUAGUAGUGUUACUAGUGAGGGAACCGUUACUCCAGAUCUGCAAAUGUAUGAUUAUCACGAUGAAGGUGGGGAAACAAGCUCGGUAUAUUCGUGUGACACUGAGGGCUACUAUACUUCGUUUCACGUAGAUUCUGGGUUGAAGACAUUGAAAGAAGAAGAACCGGCAACACCUCUCCAUUCAACGACGGCCCUUUCAAGUACAACUUCUUUCGAAAGUUCAGGAAAUCAAACAGUUGUUUCACCGGAAAAUGAAUACGAACUGUUCGGAAAGGGUUCAACUUCCACUACUACUAGCUCUGCAGGUACGAUCUGCACUGUCCUAGCGGAUAGCCAUCGGAACUCUUUACAUGGACCCGCCGUUCCGGAACGUAAAAGUUCACUGACAAAGCUCAAUCGCAGCAACAGUACAGCCAGCAACGGGACACUCGAGCGAAGUUACUCAAGCAGCACCGUUGGUAGUACACUCGAAAGAACCGGAACGAUCAAGAGAAAUGGACACUUGAUACAGAAGGAGGUAGCUGCGUUAAUUCAUCAGGAAGAGGACGGUAAAAAGAACCGAGUAGAAUCGCCUGACAGUGGCAAUAACACAAGCUCUUCCCCAAUCGAGUCUAACGCCAACUCGAGCCCAACGCAACGAACGAGGAGCUGUUCCGAGUUCGAAUACUCCGAAUCAUCCGACCUAGAGUGCGUUGAUCGCAUUGAAAGGAUUCGCGAGAAAACCACAAUCAACACUAGCAGAAUACCGUCCAUGUGCAUUAUCACGCCUUUGAACAGCGACGAUGAGUGCGGUUCCUUGAAACGCAAAAAGGAUAACACCCACGAAGCGUCCCACGAUGAAUCACUCGAUCAGAGGAAAGAUUCCAAUAGUUUUAAGAAAACAACGCUGCUUCCCUUGAAUAGCAUGUUUGGUAGACUGAAGGGAGUUCUGAAAAAAUCUCCCAGUAAAGAUUCGUCAAUUUCGGAGAGUGUAAACAACGAAACAAUAUACGAUGUUACGGGAGAAUACGUCCGAAUCGCCGACGUACAAACCGGUAAAAAGAACCAGCACGCUGGUGUUUACUAUUCUAAUGACGUAGUAAAACGCAAUUUAGCCACAGUUCUCUCGGGAAAUCUCAACGAAGAAACAGAGUAUGUAUCAUUGAAUGAAUUGCCGUGUAAUAUACGCUGUGAGAGCAACGUUCCCUCGUCGGCGGAGAAACAUGAUUCAAGCGGAACAGGAAAAACAAAUCUUGCCAACGCGGAAGGGGACGAUCAAAAAGGGGAAAAUUCCGAAUGCACCACGAGGCGGGGUGCACGAGUAAAAUUGGAUGCGCACGGGAAGGUUAUCUACAGUUCGGAUAGCUUGAAGAGGAGAAAAGGUGCGCACACAACCUUCGCGCCGGGACCAUUUGUGAAGGGUGCAAAUACACCCUCUUCCGAUAUCGUACCAGUGACGACGGACAUUUCCAAUACAAUUACGCAGUCAGUGGCAACACCGACGUCAGUGUCCGCAGACAUUUCCAAGAAUGUCGCUGCAUCCCCAUUGCUGAGCGGCGGCCUCACGAAUAGAAAAUCAAUUGUAAUAAAACCAGUGAUCUCGCAAUCAGCAUUAAAAACGAAAGCAAUUACGAACGAUAGCACAAACAGAAAUAUUAGUGGCUAUUCGACAUUAUCACGCAUGGCUCCAAUUGCAACCAUCGUGCCAAACAAAAGUGACAUGCAAGAAAUUGACAAAUUGUCGGCCGCAUCAAACAUGAUAUCGUCUGGAGUUCUAAAAGGUGCAUACGUGAAUGUCCAAGAUAAUCGACCAACAGCUACGAAACAACAUACAAUUUUAUAUACAGAUGAACAACAACAACAACAACAACAAACAGGCUAUCUACGUUCGUCCCCUGAGGAAUACGCCCAACUUCGCGAAUCUCAAUCGCACGCUUAUACUUUGCCGAGGCGUCCUUUAGGGCAGCAAUCAAUGGAAAGCCGAUUUGGCAACGUAGUGCCGCGAAAAACAGCAAUACCACUUUCACGGCAGAACUAUGAACCCGGAAAUCAGUUCAGAAAUGAUGCCCCCCAGUUUCAGCGAGGCAACGACAUGUACUGGACGCUACAAACCCGUCGGAGACCAACCACUGUGGAUCGUACCAGUCAGCGAGCUGAUUUUAGAUUGCUGCCACCAGUAAACGCCACACCGAUUGAGGAACUGUAUUCCACACCGAACAAAUGUAAGCCGACUGAACUCAAAACUACUCCUACAGGGUUUGCGGCGUAUUUCUCCCCGAUCGCUAAGAACAAUGCAAGUGUCGAACCAAAGGAAGAUACUGAAAAUAGCUUAAAAAUCUCUCCCAUUGAUCCUCGAAACACUGUGCCUUUUAAGACAUCAACGCCGAAUAAAUCAACGGAUAUUACAUUAUCACCGACUAGAGCAUCGCUCUCCGAAGAGCUUCGCUACAGACUUAAACUCCAGCAAGUAGGAAUACGUUCACAUGGAAAUUCGCCAGUCAGCUCGGGUCGAUCAACACCAAAAAAUGUUCUGGAAGCACAACCACCGCGGGGUCGCCACAGUUGGGCUUCCAACAGCACCGAUAUUCCGCAAACUUGCUCAGAUCGACUGGGAACACCUAAAACGAGCCUCAUGGAUUUCAAGAAGCUCCUCCUUGCACAUGGAUCCAAAUCAAAUCUUUGCCCGGGGAACAAAUUAUCUGCUGUUGAGUUGCUCAAAAAAUCUAAAAAUUCCAUUUCUAAAUCAGAAACGCCAUCAACCAGCACAGCUACUAACAGUAACAUAGCCAUCCUGGACCUUUCGGGGUCCCCAAAAACAUUUGCCACUAGACGCAUGCUGCGGCAAGGUAACUUUGGAAACAGCUCUCCGUCCAAGAUAGGAAACAGUACGAAAUUGUCUUCCAGAAGAGGCUGGCAAUACAACAAUAUGCGAAGCGAAGUCAUGUCUACGGCGAUCCCGGAGGCGCAUAGCGAAGAAGAUAGUUCUAGCCCGAACAAUUCUGCAUCCGUCAGCCGUUCGCAAUCACAAAGUCGCAACGCAUCUCCCAUGCAAAAUGAACCCGUUGAGAGCAAAGUAAUCGAGGAAAAUAUCACAAACAUUCGAGAGAACAUUUUUCUGCAGGCAGACGAAAACAACUUCAUGAAGGGUGAAGUUAUCGCAAAGAUAAAUUCUCCAGCAACGACUCGUGCACAUCUACAAGCCCAGAGAGCUCAGUUUUUGAGUAACAACAAUCAUAUCAAAUCGGCCACAUUCAAAGAUGGACACUAUAUAGGAAUUAGUAAUUAUUCGACUGCUCCACCAAAGAAUCACGAGCUGAAUUUUAAUGAGGUGGUAACAAACGACGACCAACAGCGAACAAACUCUCCGAAACCCUCAGCUCCCUCGUUGGAAACCGCUCUCUAAAUUAUGUCUAUUUCCUACAUAAACACGAUAUUCCAAGUUUGCCAAAAUGAUAACAAAAGUGCGCACGUUUCCUACAUACAGAUUUCCUUUACAAGGUUAACGAUUUCCUAUUGAAACGCAAUAUAAAUCCGAGCCUUUUAGAUUUGGAAACAGACUGCAAAAGGAUUUAUUCCGAUAUCGCUAUAUAUUUGAUAAUACGCCAUGAUUCAAAGUUCUAAAAACUGAAAUUUUGAUUUCAAUGCAAGUCAUAUCAUUCAUCAAACAUUUUUUCAUAUAUUGCUUUGAAGAACACCAAAUUACUUACGCAAUAGAGGCAUUUAAAUAUUGUUCAGCUAAAUUAUGAAUAUUUUCAUUGCCUUUUCAUAGCUUAAAGAACCCAAAUUUCCAAACAAAAAUUAAUAGCAAAUAUACCCCUUGAGGUACAUUUCCGAGGACUAUCAGUAAAAACCGCAUAAUAAUUUGUUGAUUAUUUAAUUAUUUAUGAUUCACGUAUAACCUGAACAACCUAAUCUAGAAUUACGAAGAAAAGACAGUGAAAUUUUAUUUUGCAUUUCAUAGAAACAGAAUAAUUUAAUAUAUUUCCUACCUUCAUACCUUAGCUAAUAUAUAAUUACGACGAUAAAUUAUAUCAUUAUUACAUACAAAGUUGCGAAUAUCAUUUGAUUCCUUUAGAGCAUGUUAAAGUAUUGUAAGGAAUCAGUGGAACAGAUCCAUUAGUUAGAAGGAUAAAAAUCUUAUAAAUAUUGAUUUAACAACGUGUCUGAUCGAAUUCUCAGAUCCAACAAGCAUAGCGCUUGGUUUCGAAUUUUUCUUUCAAAACCUAGCGCUAUGCUUCCGCGAUGUAUCAGUUCGGUAUGAAUGAACUAUGAUGGCUAUCUAUACCCUUUUUUGUUCCCUUGUUUAAGUUAUUCUUUCGAAUCCCUAAUUUAUUCAUUGUAUUUUAUAAAAUAAUCAAUUAAAG